ACUGGCGCUCAUAAAUGUAAGUGAUGAUCCAGUGAUGAAGGACCAGAGCUGUGCUCGAACCAGGACUCACCUGCUCCGGAGAGAGAGGCAGACACUUGGUGACAAACUGAUGAGGCUCCGCGAUUAAACGUCACUGAGAGCGGAAGCCCGGCUGUCACAUGCUUGUCGGUCCGCCUCCCCCGUCCUCAGUCGGAGUCUGGACGCCGAGCAGAGAGCAUGUCUGGGUGCGACCGAGUGAUCUUUGAGGCCACUAGGCUGCUGUGCGCCGCCGGAGGAGCUCUGCGGCUCCCGCAGCUAUACGAGGAGCUGCGGCGACUCUGUCGUGUCUCCGAGGAGCUCCUCUGCAAGCUGGUCUAUGGGCAUCCCCGCUUCCUGCUGGUCCGUGGGCCGGAGACGGAUGGCUGGCUACGCCCCGAGGACUGCACGGUGCUGGCGCAGACGUCACUGCGCGUGUGCGUGAGCCACCGGCUCGGGGAGCCGUGCGCAGACUGUGACCAACUGCACCUUUGCAGAUUCUACAUCUACGGAACCUGCAAGUUCGGCAAGGGCAGGAAACCAUGUCGAUCAUCCCACGACCUGCGGUCUGAUCAUAACUCCAGGCUGCUGAAAGAGUGCUCGCUGCAGCAGCUAAACGAGGACGAGCUCUUCCUGCUGCUGCUGCUCAACGACCCGGCGCUGCUGCCCGAGGUAACGCCCACACCUCACUCACCUGACGUCACAGGCUGUUCCUCAGGAGACGUGCUCAGUGUUAGCAGAUGAAACGACUCUGCCCUUUACACAAGAAACGCAACUGUGCACAGAUUCGUGGGACGCUCCUGAAGAAAAAAAAAGUGAAUAAGAAAGUGAUGAAACGCAGCAUGUAUGAGAUCACCAUGGCAACAGACUCACCAUUUGUUUGCCUCACAUGAGGACACAGAGCUUCUUUAGUCACGUAACAUCCACAGAAGAAGAAACUGAAACUGAAAGUAAAACAAAAAAAA